ACAGCCUCCCCGCACCCCUCCGCCGGCGCCCGCCGCCUCCGCCUGGCCGGUCCCAAGCCCCCCAAAGCGGGGAGCGGCGGUGGGACCCGCGGGACCCCCGACCCCCGAGCGGGCAAGACCCCCACCAAACCUGCCGGCAGCCGCCUCUCGUGGCCCGAGGGAGAGGGGAAGGGGCGCCCCAAGGCGGGGGGCAAGACCGAGGGGCCCCCCCGGGCCCGGCUGUCCCCAAGCAAGGGCAAGAGCAAGACCCUGGACUACAGCGACCUGCAGCCGGGGCCGGGGGCUCUGGUCCCCGCCCCUGCCCCCGAGACGGGGCUGAAGCGGGGACGCGAGGGGGGUCGCGCCUCCACCCGCGACCGAAAGAUGCUCAAGUUCAUCAGCGGCAUCUUCACCAAGAGCCCUGCGGCGACCCCCACCCACCCCGCGCCCCCCUGGUCUCCCCCCGGCGCCGACCCGGCCAGGGCCACCCCCCACAAGGCCUUGGUGAACAGCCAGGAGUGGACCCUGGGCCGCUCCAUCCCUGAGAUCCGCCUGGGGGUCCUGGGCAGCAGCAAGAGCGGGAAGUCGGCGCUCGUCCACCGGUUCCUCACCGGUUCCUAUGUGGGCCUGGAGCCCACCGAGAGUGGACAGUUCAAGCGUGAGGUGACGGUUGAUGGCCAGAGCCACCUCUUGCUCAUCCGGGAGGAGGCCGGCGCCCCGGACGCGCAGUUUGCCAGCUGGGCGGACGCCGUCAUCUUCGUCUUUAGCCUGGAGAACGAGAGCAGCUUCGAGGAGGUGACGCAGCUGCACGCGCUGCUCAGCGACCUCCGCGGCACCAGCGACGUGGCCCUGGCGCUGGUGGGCACCCAGGACAAGAUCAGCUCGUCCAGCCCGCGAGCCGUGGAGGACGCGCGCGCCCGGGCGCUCUGCGGGGACAUGCGGCGCUGCCUCUACUACGAGACCUGUGCCACGUACGGCCUCAACGUGGACCGGGUCUUCACUGAAGUGGCCCAGAAGGCCGUGGCACUGAAGAAGCAGCAGCAGCUGAUGGCGUCCUGCAAGUCCCUGCCCAGCUCCCCGAGCCAUUCCGCCGCCUCCACCCCCGUGGGGGGCGUCCACCCCGGCCAGACCACCAAUGGUGGCCACACCAGCGACUACUCGUCCUCACUGCCAUCCACCCCCAACGUGAGCCACCGGGAGCUGCGCAGCGAGACCCCGGCCCCGCUGGGGACCCCCAGCUCUCUGCACCGCGGGGCCAAGCGCCGCACCAGCCUCUUCGCCACGCGCCGCGGCAGCGACUCUGAGAAGCGCAGCCUGGACAGCCGAGGCGAGGUGGCCGGCAGUGGCCGCGCCAUCCCCAUCAAGCAGAGCUUCCUGCUGAAGCGCAGCGGCAACUCCCUGAACAAGGAGUGGAAGAAGAAAUACGUGACCCUGUCCAGCAACGGCCUCCUCUUCUACCACCCCAGCAUCAACGACUACAUCCACAGCACCCACGGGAAGGAGAUGGACCUGCUGCGCACCACGGUCAAGGUGCCCGGGAAGCGCCCGCCACGCGCCAUCUCUGCCUGCGGCCCCUCAGCCAGCAUCAACGGGCUGCUGCGGGAGCCCGAGCCGGGCGGCGGUGUCCACUCCGUGGGGCUGAGCCUGCCCCCUGAGCCAGGGCUGAAGGUGGUGGGCAAGGGGUCACUGCAGCGCUGCGCCUCCGCCUCUGGCGCCAAGCUCGCCUCAGAGUCCCCGUUGUCCUUUGAGGCCGUGUCCAGCCCCGGCAGCGCGGGCAGGGACCCUCCUCCAUCGCCGCUGGUGGACAGGAAGAAGCACCGGCGGAAGAAGCUGAUGACACCGUCCAAGACCGAGAGCUCGGGUGGGCAGGCAGAAGCCAAGCGCAAAAUGUGGAAAUUAAAAAGUUUUGGUAGUUUAAGAAAUAUUUAUAAAACAGAGGAGGAGAACUUUGAGUUUCUGAUCGUGUCAAGCACGGGGCAGACGUGGCACUUUGAGGCCGGCAGCUUCGAGGAGCGCGACGCGUGGGUUCAGGCCAUCGAGAGCCAGAUCCUGGCCAGCCUGCAGUGCUGCGAGAGCAGCAAGAACAAGGCGCGCAUGGACAGCCAGAGCGAGGCUGUGGCCAUCCAGGCCAUCCGCAACGCCCGCGGGAACUCGCUCUGCGUGGACUGCGGGGCACCCAACCCCACGUGGGCCAGCCUGAACCUGGGCGCCCUGAUCUGCAUCGAGUGCUCGGGCAUCCACCGCAACCUGGGCACGCACGUGUCGCGCGUGCGCUCGCUGGACCUGGACGAUUGGCCACGGGAGCUGACCCUGGUGCUCACGGCCAUCGGCAACGCCACCGCCAACAGCAUCUGGGAGCAGAACCCGCGCGGCCGCUGCAAGCCCACCCACGAGUCCUCCCGGGAGGAGAGGGAAUCGUGGAUUCGUGCCAAGUACGAGCAGCGGCUGUUCCUGGCGCCGCUGCCCGCGGCCGAGGCGCCGCUGGCCGAGCGGCUGCUGGGGGCCGUGCGUGACCAGGACCUGCCCACGGUGCUGCUGCUCCUGGCCCACAGCCACAAGGAGCAGCUCAACGUGGCCAUGGCGGACACGGACCGGCGCACGGCGCUGCACCUGGCCUGCGACACCGCCCAGGUGGUCGUCACCCAACUGCUGGUGUGGUACGGGGCCGAUGUGCGGGCACGGGACGGGCACGGCCGCACCGCGCUGUUCUACGAGUGGAGCGAUGGGGGCCUCCCCUCCCCUGGGUGCGCCCCAAUUUAG